AUGUCCAAACCGGCCGAAGAUCGUGCUCCGGUCGCAGAUCAGGCAGAAUCGGACGCCUGGUUUCCAUCCCCCUACUCGCUCACGCAAUAUGUCGCGCCCAAGACGGACUUCGAUGGCGCGGAUUAUCCCAAUGCCUACAAGGGCGGGAAGUGGAGGAUUCUCCUCAUCGCCACGCAAGAGCGCUACCUGCGAAUGGCUGGCGGCGAGUUCUUCUCCACCGGCAACCAUCCCGUCGAGAUGCUUCUUCCCCUGCUGCAUCUCGAUGCCGCUGGUUUCGCCAUCGACAUUGCCACCAUCUCUGGCGAUCCUGUCAAGUUGGAAAUGUGGGCGAUGCCCGCCGAGGAUGAAGCGGUCAAGGGAGUCUUCGAGAAGUACAAAGAGAAGUUGCGUAAACCUCUGAACCUGCAGACCGUGUGGGGAGAGGGUUUCAAACGAGAUACCCCUUAUAUCGGCGUCUUCAUCCCCGGUGGACACGGCGUGCUGAACGAUGUGCCAUUCUCCGAGACCGUCGGCAAAAUCCUGCGUUGGGCCGAUGCCAACGACCGCUAUUACAUUUCUCUCUGCCAUGGGCCGGCGAGCAUGCUUGCCGCCAAAGUGGGCGCGGGCGAGGGAAGCAAGUUCAUCUACGACGGCUACAAGGUCGCCGUCUUCCCCGACUCGCUCGACACCGGUGCAAAUAUCGACAUUGGCUACAUUCCCGGCAAGAUGCCGUGGCUGGUGGGAGAGGAGCUUCGGAAAUUGGGCAUCAUUCCCGUCAACAAGGGCAUUACGGGUGAGACGCACCGGGAUCGGUAUGUCAUUACCGGCGACUCGCCUUUGGCAUCCAACAAUCUGGGCAAGCUCGCUGCAACAACUCUCCUGGAUGACCUUGCCAAUCGCGCUUGA